AUAAAAAGCCAGGUUUUAUAAGCGGAGGCCAAUCAAUCAAAUUCACGAGAGACUGAGGGUUAUGAGCGCCGCGGUUGUGGUGUUCGUCGGUGCUUACCUCCUCCGCUCUUCAACAGAGGUCCUCCACCCGCGGAAAUGGCGGAACACUUUGUUCUCUCCUCCAGCUACAGCCUAGCCAUCAAUACAACCUGUACUAAAUUCCCUCUCCCUCCAAAUCAUUACAUUUCUUAGGUGUUUAAAUUGAUUAAUUAUUACGCUGGAGUUCUUCCUCUACGUACCAUUUACCACCACGUGCAUCUUCCGCUCAUCUCUCCAAUCUCAUUGAUUUCUCCAUACCCCAGCUCCCUCCCUCUUUCCUCCAUUUAUUGUUUCCACCCUACCUCCAUUAAUUUCUGCUCCCAACCUCCAAAAUCUCUCUCUCCGCCUAUUAGAUUCAUUAAUCUCCUUCAGUACAUGUGUUUCUAUGUGUUGGUCGAGUUGUUUAGCUCAUUGCUUGUACAUUCUGACAAAGGGUUCAAUGGGUUUACCUAAUCGUCACAGAGAUCUGAAAAAAUGAGCAGAAACGUUGUUCUAUAGCUUUUGGAGUUUGUAACUAUAUACUAUCUGUCAUCAACACAGAAGAUGACAGUCAAGAACAAGAACAUGAUUACGUUGUCUGCAAUUUUCUUGUUCGGAGCAACUAUAUCCAUGGUCACCGGAGAGCCUUUGGAAGAUAAGCAAGUUUUACUUAAUUUCAUACAAAGCAUUUCGCAUAGUCGCGAAAUCAAUUGGGAAAUGGGUUCUUCAGCUUGUGUUAACUGGACCGGGAUAACAUGUAAUCAUGAUGAGUCAAGAAUCAUCGCCGUUCGUUUGCCGGCGUUUAGUCUUCAUGGUCCUAUUCCUCCGGAUACUCUUAGCCAAUUGUCGGAUCUUCAGAUCUUGAGUUUGAGAUCAAACGGGUUAACGGGUCCUCUCCCGCCCGAUUUCUCCAACCUCACAAACCUAACAGCUCUCUAUCUUCAAUCAAACGGACUCUACGGCCCAUUGCCUGUAAAUUUCUCAAAUUGGAACAAUCUUUCGAUACUUGAUCUCUCAAACAAUGGUUUCAACGGAAGCAUAUCACCUUCCAUUUCGAAUUUAAGCCACCUCACUGCUUUAAACCUUGCUAACAACUCCUUUUCCGGCGAAAUCCCUAAUCUUAGCAUCCCAAGUUUGCAAGCUCUCGAUUUGUCGAACAAUAAUCUCACCGGACCUGUUCCUCAGUCUCUCGAACGAUUCCCCAGCUCGUCUUUCGUCGGAAAUGACCUUUCUCCUUUGAAUUCACCGCCACCGGUUCUCUCUCCGGCCGCCCAACCGUCAUCCAAAAAAUCUUCAAAACUCGGCGAACCUGCAAUUCUCGGAAUCGCGAUCGGUGGUUGCGCUCUAGCGUUUGUACUCCUUGCGUUGAUAAUGAUACUCCGGUAUUCUAAUAAAAAGGAGGUUUCCGGGAGACCGGAGAAAGAAGAAAAGGUAACAAAACUGCGUUCCGGCAGCCAAAAUGUAAACGGAAAUGGAACCCUUGUGUUCUUCGAAGGCAGUAGCCUGGCGUUUGACCUUGAGGAUCUGUUUAGAGCUUCGGCUGAGGUGCUUGGUAAGGGAACAUUCGGUACGACUUAUAAAGCGGCGUUGGAGGAUGCAAACACGGUGGUUGUGAAGCGGUUGAAGGAAGUUGCAGCGGCGAAGCGAGAUUUUGAGGUCCAAAUGGAGGUUGUUGGGAAUAUUCGACAUGAGAAUGUUGCUCCUUUGAGAGCUUAUUAUUAUUCCAAAGACGAAAAGUUGAUGGUGUAUGAUUAUUACGAUCAAGGGAGUGUUUCGUCAAUGUUACAUGCAAAAAGAGGCGAGGAUCACCGGAGUCCACUAGAUUGGGAUAGCCGGUUGCGGAUAGCCAUCGGAGCAGCGAGAGGGAUCGCAUAUAUCCACACCCAAACAAACACAAAGCUUGUCCAUGGAAACAUCAGAGCCUCCAACAUCUUCCUAAACCCACAGGGAUACGGUUGCGUAAGUGAUCUUGGCCUGGCGGCAGUAAUGACACCGCUAGCGCCACCGGUGAUGCGGAUUGGCGGUUACCGGGCACCGGAAGUAUCCGACACCCGGAAAGUCUACCAAGCAUCAGAUGUUUACUCUUUCGGAGUCGUCCUGUUGGAACUCCUCACCGGAAAAUCACCUACCCAUGCCACCGGCGGCGAGGAGGUGGUGCAUUUGGUGAGAUGGGUGAACUCGGUGGUCCGGGAGGAAUGGACGGCUGAGGUUUUUGAUGUGGAGCUUUUGAGGUACCCGAAUAUAGAGGAGGAGCUGGUGGAGAUGUUGCAGAUUGGGAUGCAAUGUGUGGCAAGGUUGCCGGAACAGCGGCCCAAGAUGGCGGAGGUCGUGAAAUUGGUGGAGAAUGUCCGGAGGCCGACAAAUAUGGAUGUGUCGGAGGUAUCUACUCCGGCGACGGAGGUGUCAGCGUCUCCGGUGGUAGCACAACAGAUAGGGUCGUCUGUAAUUGCAAUGUAAGAUUAAUUUUAAUUUUUUUUUUUUAAGAAAUUAGUUGUGAAAAUAAUUGUAAUAUUUAAAAAUGUAUGUGAGAGAUGAAGAUGGGGGUUGGUAUUGGUUGGUAAUGUCAAAUAUUAUUUUAUUA